CAUGUAUGGAACACGCAAUGAUGAGAGUUUUCUGGCGAAGGCUUCCCGCCACGUUCCUGCAGAUAGAACUCCAGAUGCUGCCAUAGCUGCGAAUCGUCGCAACAGCUACCGCUUUCKCGGGUUCCUUGCCACACCCGCAUUGGUGUUUCCGUUGUUGGURCAGCURCAGCURCCGCUUGGAGCAUCAUGCUACUUGUUUGGYCAAGGGAGUGGCACCGGGCAUCUCCCGAGAACAGCUCCAGCGGCAAUGUCGCUGUUGCAAACGGAUCAUUGUCGUUGUGCUUUCGUGACCAGUGGUGUGCGUCGCCUUCGUUCCGGUUGGGAUCUUUCGAUUCAUAGCAAACGAUCAAGCAAUUUGGGAACGGAUUCUUGCCGCAGCGACGAGGAAGAUUCGUCGUCAUCAUCAUCGUCGUCGUCGUUAUCUUCGAGGGUUGGUAUCUCGGAAGAGGCAAACGAAAACUCUGCUUCGAAUUCUACUGCCGAUGCUGCUGCGAGUACUGCUAGCUCCAACGAUGCAACGUCUCAGAUGGAAAGUGAGAGUGGAGAUGGGGUCGUGUCUAUGCCGAAUAGCAAAAAUAGCAAAACAGGUGUAGAAAGCUUCUCGUCCUUUUCCUCUACAGAAACCCCCAUUCUGGCUGAACUUUUGCAGUUGGACGGCAACGAUUCCGAAACUGCGAAAAACAACAUCGGAGCCUUGUCGUUGCAAUCCGACUCCCUUCCGGUAGCACCAGCCACAGCACCAACCACGAUGCCCGAAUGGUGGCGGUCCGAACGAUACUCCGAGAUGGUGGUGGUCGGACUCGCCGUGGGUUCCCUGUCGGGCAUUCUGGGGGAUCUCCUGGCCAACUACGAAUGGGUGCAAACCCUGAGGUAUUUCUGGCCGCUUUCUCUCGGCCUAUACUACGGUCUGCUGUGGAACCAGCCAUUCGCGGCCCCGGAAGCCACCGAGGCCUUUUACGAGGAAUACGGAUCCGAUGCAGCGACCAGCGCGUCUUUUCGAAACGAUGACAACGACACCGCCGCGGUUCUCCUCCAGAUCGGCUACGUCUUUGGUGGCCUCGGCUUGUUUGUGGGGGGGCUGGCGGACGCCUURCUACCGGUGUGGAUGACGGGGCCAAAUCUCCUGACACACGCCGGACUGGCUCCCGAUUGYGCGGUUCUGCUGCUGGCGCUGAGCCUGGGGGAGAAAUAUUUCUGGGGCAACGACGACAACAACGAGCCGGUUGGGGGUUCAAUAGCUUUCGCCAGCAAAGAAACAAGCAACASUAUGCUACCCUUGCUGCUCAGGAUCGCUCUGUGGGCCGAGCUCUACAAAUUGGGAGAAUCUUCCCUGGACGAGGUACUUUCACUCCUCCAAACCACCUUUUUGUCUGCCACGUAAGAAAGCACGAAUCAAUCCACACUCCCCCGUACCGUCGAGCGACGGUACCAAAACCGUGRCCAUCGGACCGUCCGCGAGAAAGUAUGAUCCAGCGCAACUAUUCCGRCUCCCUGCGAACGCGAGCUCGGGUCAGUACACACCAUGCUGUCCACGGUUCUCGRUACAUAAUAAAUUUGUGUGCCGAACAUGAGUAGCAAUAGCAGUUUCAGAGCCACCAUGAGUCAACCAAGCAUUUUCGUCCACUUUAUCUACAUCGUCAUCGUGCGGUAUGUAUCAGCUGAGCAGGAAAGGGGUGUCACAUAGCAGAAAAGAAAGUACGCAAUGGACGUUUUGCUCGUAAAGCGAAUGGCACAAAAAUACCAUAAAGUCGUCUUAAACAAGAAUAAGUGCGUAUGAAACUUGAGUUUUCACUAAUUUAGUCCGAGUCGGACUGUGUUCUGGUAGACAGCUAAAUUUCUGUCGUGACCUAUUUUUUUAUAAAAGACGCUUUUUCAUUGUUUUUCUCAGGCAGCGGCCGCCAAUAUUUUUUCKUUCGGAAAUACACCCGUUUUGAAGGCAACAGAAAGGUAUCCACAGAGGAUACCAUCGUCGCCGACCACGUCCCGGACAGAUUGCCCACUAUCGAUGAUUACCAUAAGGAGACUCAAAAGGCGGUUGCGAUAGGCACUCGCCCGGUCGAAAUUGCCCAAACAUUCGUGGAUGUGGGCGCAAUUGUUGAUCAUAGCCAAGGCGUAUCGAUUGGCGUUCUGGGCCUCGAAACUUGUGCUGUUGCUAAUACAUCCAGAAGCAUUUCCGUGGGAACGCAAUACGCUUCUGGGUUGCUGCUGUUCCUGCUGCUCAGAAAAAUUCGUCUCCUCUAGUUCURCCGGAGACGAGGGUAAAAACAAGGGCAAAAACGCUGAUUCCGGAGAUUGCGAUGCAACAAUAGCGAUGCGUUUGGAAUAGAUCCAGAAUCCGASCUCAUACAAGCGAAGGGCACCACCAAGGUGUUGUUCCGAUUGGCUGCAGCUACUGCAUGGUUCAUCGUAUCCAUUGGACGAAUCAUCGUCGCUCUCGUCUUCCGAAUUGGAGUCAUCGCUAUCAGUAAGCCAUGCUUCUUCUUYCUGAGUAGAYGAUGACGAUGCGACAGCCAUCAUAUGGUGCGACAGGGCUAUGUUGAAAAGUAGGUUUGARCUAAUAGUGAGUUCAAUUUCUCGCUCCAAUUUCUGAAUCUCAGGCUUGCCCUCGGUGUUCUUGGUAGCACGAAUCAAAACCUGGUACUGACGGAUUCGGUCCCACUGCGGCUCUGUCAAUCGAGUUGGUUUGCGAUAGAUAAACGGUGUUCUUGAUUCACUAUCGUCCCGAGUAUUUUUGUUGUUGUUCUCGGAGUGUGAAUUGUGGUCGAGAACAAAGUUGCUCCCUUGCUCGCCCCGGCGUCGUUUUCUUGGUAGGCUGUAAUUUGAUUGGCUGCAGGAAUGUGUUCUAGUCGMUUUCCGYUUUGCGGAAUCUGCGAUAGAAGUAGUGGAUGAUUCUGUGGAUGGCAGCAACUUUCGUUGGGUUUCCUUCAAAAUUAACGAAAUGCUUUCUUCUAUUUUGUAUCUAUAUGCAUAGCUAUGCUUCUGAUCGCCCUGUAUCGAAUGCCGACAGUUCUUCAGUUUCUUGACACACGCUAAGCAGCGAUUGAGGACUUCCAGCGCGGUGCGAUAGUGACCCAUUUCUAUCGAUGAACACGCAAGGUCGUUGGUCACCGCGAUAUCCUCCAUCCUGCCGUGUAUGUUUGCUAAUAUAAAAUUCUUUCCUAA